AUACAAUGCAGAAGUAUAUUGUAUAAAUAUUUAAAUUAUUAUGAUGAGAGUAUAAAAUACAACAAUUUCAUUAAUUUAAAUAAUUUAAAUUUAAAAACAUAUAUUAUUUAUAUAUUUAAUAAUCUACAUCAGAUUUACAAUGAUGAAGGUUUAAAAGGAUUAUAUAAAGGAGUAAUACCUAUGCUAGCUCAUAUAAUAUCAAAAAAAUCUAUUUAUUACUUUUUGGAAAAACUACAUUUUGUUAUAUUCAAAAAAAUAAGAAUAAAGAAAAAAAGAGAUAAAUAUGAUAAAAAGAUAUUUUUAAAUUAUGAAAGAAGAUUGGAAAAUAAGAAAGAAAAUACAAAUAAUUUUAUUGGAGAUAAUACCAAUUAUAAAAUAGUUAAGCAUAUUAAUUUUGUUAAAGAAGAAAAUAAUUUUAUAAAAAAAAAAAAGAAAAAGAAGUUUUUUCAUUUAUCGAUUUAUCAUAGUUUUUAUGAAUAUAUUAGUUGUAUCUUAUCUUAUCCAUUAUUAAAUAUAUCAACCAAAUUAAUAAUUUUCGAAAAUAAUUCAAGAUCUUUAAUUUAUAAUUUAAAAAAUAUUGUCCAUUUGACAUAUAUGUAUGACGGUUUUUACGGUUUUUUUAAAGGGUUGAAUAAUUAUUUAAUCAUUCAAUCAAUGGAUAAAGUUUUAAAUUGUUUUUUGUAUUUUAUGUUUUCAAGUAAUUGUUCUUAUGAUAAAGUUCUUACAAUUAAAGUAGUUUUAUCAACAUGUUUGAAUACAAUUAUGGCACCAUUUAUUCAAUUUUCUAUAUUGAAUAGAUCUCAAUCCCAUGUUCCUGGAUUGUGUAAGGAUACAACAUUUAAUCAAUUUUUUAAUAAUUUUCAUUGGAAAAGUCAUUUGUCUAAUAUAUCUGUCGGCUUAGCUGUAGCAGGAAUUCAGCUAAUGAUCAUUGCAUUAUUACCAAAAGAUACCCCAAAAAAUGAUGAUAUAAUGGAUAAAGAAAAGGAUGAAUAUUUUUAA